CCAAGUCAUUGAUCGCCUUGCGAUUGGACCGAGAUCAAGAGCAGUUGUCUGAAGGCGGCGGCGUGGGCGAGAGCACAGGAGUUGCGAUGACAGCGAUGCUGGCACAAAGAUGAUCGAGGCCUUUGCGAAUCACCUGAGCAGUCACCUGGGACGUCACCUCUUCUACUGGUCGAUUGAUACGAAUACGACGGCACCGCACGGCGGAGCCAGCAGCGGCCGUGGCAGCGGCACCGACGGUGGCAACUACGGCCUCAAUCUGCGUCUCUCCGAGCUAAUCAACAAGUUCCACGGGCCCCUCGAGCGGGGCGUGCAGGUGCUGGAUCAUCUGCUGACCCUCGAGGAGGACGAUUUCGCCGGCCACUGGGGCAGCGCCUACGCGCACAACUAUGAGCCGGAGUACGCGGUUCGAGUGCCGGAAAACGAGGAGAUGCCCCCGCCCGAACACAUGGAGACGCUCAACAAUGGAAACAUUCUGCUGCACUCGCCGCCGCACAACCAUCAGCAGCAGCAGCAACAACAGCAGCGGGGAGCAGCUCUCUCGCCACAGGCCGGAGGCGGAGGUGCCUCGGGCAGUGCGGCCGAUCAGAAUAUUCAGAUAACCCAACCGAUCAGCGCCCCAUCCUCGCCACUGGCCUCGCCCGGUGCCCUCAACAGCAGCAGCGUCGGCAGUCCCACGGCCUUCGGUCUGCCAUCGAGCUCGGCAGCAGCCGCUGCCAUUUCGGCGGCCGCUGCUGCUGCCUCAAAUUCGACCCCCACUCCGACCAGCGGCAGUGGAUCGUAUGUUUGUUCAGCUGGCGGCACCAACUGGCACUAUGCGGCUGUGGGCGCCUCCAAUGCCAUCGACACGGCCGAUCCGAAUUGGCAGGCCAGCAAGGCGACGGUGCUGGAGCGCAAUGCGGCCAUGUUCAACAACGAACUGAUGUCGGACAUCAAGUUCAUUGUGGGCGGGGAGUUCGAUAUCGAUCCCAUUCAAACAAUACCCGCGCACAAGUACAUCCUAGCCACGGGCAGCUCUGUCUUCUAUGCCAUGUUCUAUGGCGGUCUGGCGGAGAAUAAGCAGGAAAUCAAAGUGCCUGAUGUCGAGCCCACUGCCUUCCUAACGUUGCUCAGGUAUCUCUAUUGUGAUGAAAUCAAACUGGAACCUGAACACAUCCUGGCCACGCUGUACGCGGCCAAAAAGUACAUAGUGCCGCAUCUGGCACGGGCGUGCGUCAACUAUUUGGAAGUGAAACUGACGGCAAAAAACGCCUGCCUACUUCUCAGUCAAUCGCGUCUUUUCGAGGAGCCCGAACUGAUGCAACGUUGCUGGGAAGUGAUCGACGCACAGGCCGAGAUGGCGGUUAAGUCCGAGGACUUUGUGGACAUUGACCUCAAGACCUUCGAGUCGAUAUUGUCGCGCGAGACCCUCAACUGCAAGGAGAUCCAUCUGUUCGAGGCAGCCCUAAACUGGGCCCUCAACGCCUGCGAGAAGAUGAGCAUCGAUGAUACGCCCCAGAACAAGCGGAGGCUGCUGGGCCAGGCGCUGCAUCUGAUACGCAUUCCCACCAUGACCCUGGAGGAGUUUGCCAAUGGCGUCGCCCAAACUGGCAUCCUUUCGUCGCAGGAGACAAUCGACAUGUUCUUGCAUUUCACAGCCAAAAUGAAGCCGAAUCUCGGCUUCCCAACGCGCUCGCGUGCCGGUCUCAAGACCCAGGUGUGCCACAGAUUCCAGUCGUGCGCCUAUCGCUCGAAUCAGUGGCGUUACCGCGGACGCUGUGACUCCAUUCAGUUCUCCGUAGAUCGCAGAAUCUUCAUUGUGGGCUUUGGCCUGUACGGUUCGUCAACGGGCGCCGCCAACUAUAACGUUAAGAUUGAGCUGAAGCGCUUGGGCAGGACACUGGCGGAGAACGACACGAAGUUCUUCUCGGAUGGGUCCAGCAACACGUUCCACGUGUUCUUCGAGAAUCCCAUACAGAUCGAGCCGGAGUGCUACUACACCGCCUCGGUCAUACUCGAUGGCAACGAGCUGAGCUUCUUUGGCCAGGAGGGCAUGUCCGAGGUGCUCAUGGGCAAUGUGACGUUCCAGUUCCAGUGCUCGUCGGAGAGCACCAACGGCACUGGCGUGCAGGGCGGCCAAAUACCGGAACUGAUCUUCUACGGACCAACCACAGUGACGGCCUUAAACUCGCCCACCAAUUCGGUGUGUGCCACACCAAUUGCAGGGGGAGCCACAGCAGCUGGUUCAGCGACUGCCAUUGCAAAUGGCAGCGGCAGUGGAACGGCAUCGACAGCCGCUGGCAAUAAUGUGAACAGCUCUGGCGAGGAGCUGGGCGGCAGGGAGGAUGGAAGCACCUGAUGCGCGCAGCUCUACUGCGCCGAGUGGCAGGGAUCUUGCUACUAUCGCCAGCAGCAGCCGCAACAGAGGAGACCAACACAGCAAUACAAGACACAACCACAAAUACAAAAUAGAAACUCAUGGGUUUUCAGUGCAACACAACAAGGCAAAUUGGAGUUUUAGAGGAAUCUAUAUAUAGCAGUUAUAGACAAGUACAUAUAU